GGUCAUUGCAACAUGGCAUCCAUCGACGAGCUGAGCCAAAGCAUUCGGCAGCAUGAGUUCAACUCGACAAAGGAGUAUGCUCCCAUCGUCAUCAAGGAAGGGAUGUCGGAGGAAGCGAGCAAUCUUGGGACAGAGACGCGCCGCAAGCAAGGCGCAGAGUUCUGGGCAGAAUUUCGCGAUGCGGCCCGCAAAGUGAGCGGAGACGACGACAUCACGGCACAGACGAUCAUCGUGGAUGACUUGGAACAACGGUACAACGCCGUGCUUGCCGAAACGAAGCAACUCAAGCGCCAAGCGAAAACCCGCAGCUCCGACUUGUACGUGGAUUCCCGGAUCCAUAAACUCCAGGAAGAGAACGAACGGGCGUGGGAAGUGCAGAUGGAGGCUGGAAAGAAGUCUUUGGAGCGCUUGGAAGACCAGUUGGCCGUCGUGCAGCACGAGAACGACUCGUUGGACGCGACAUUAUUGCUUCAAGCGCACCCUCCAGACCGCGCGUCUAUCCUUGGAGACAAUCAAAGGCUUCGGGAAGUGCUGCUUCUUCGCGACGAAGAGAAGGGUGACUUGGUUGCGGCAAUAGCCUCACUCAAGCGAAAGCAUGCCGAUCGGGUCAACGCCCAAACUUUCGGGGACGCCGCGUCCGACGACACGCUUCACGAGCUCAAAGCCACACGGAGUCGCCUGCGGGAGUCCAUCUUGUCGCUCACGCCAUCCGCCGCCGCCACCGCCAACAACGGCGAGGCUCGCUACGAUGUGAUUUUUUUUCCUUCAGUAGUUCAAAACAUUGACUUGGUAACUAACGGGUAAGUUGAUGUGUUGCAGGAAGACGCGGCCGCGCUAUCAACGCAGCUCCAGCGGGCGCAUGAUGCCCUGGCGAGCCAUGAAGCCAACGCCGCCUUGCUAAAGACCCACAUGCGAACACUCGUGCAAAUCAAAGCCUCCGAACGCCACGUAGCCGCCGUGCUCCUCCACGUGCUGUUCGAGCAUGAUGGCGAGUGGACCAAGAACGAUCUGCAGACCCAAGUCGCCGCCAUCGUCGGCGUCGACGAAAGCAUUGUGAUCCGAGCCCUCUACUCCCUCGUCGCCAGUGGGCUCGUGCGGCUCGAUCGGUCCCACGCCCUUGGACUCGUCACAUCGCUCUUGGUGUAAUAUAUCAUGCAUAGUAUUCAAUGGGAGAUGGAAUCGUAACUACCAGC